AUGACCACCGCACACAAUAAAAGGAGUCGGGCUUCAGCGCAAAAGCCGACUGAAGUCACAGCGACGUGCAGCUUCCAAACUGCCGCCGUGAGAUUAUUUGCAGAAGAUUUUCAAUUGGAUUGUGAUCAAAAUAUUGGGAAGUUUAACGAGAUUUUGCUCUCGAGCUAAAUCCCGGUGGUCCCCAUCGGCUGCUGCUUGAGCGCAGCUCAUCUUUUUAAUAAAACGGGCGCCUGAUCUCGCUGCUUUUCCUUCCCCAGCGCUUCUGGAUCACACUUGGAAGCAGACGAAUAUUGAAUCGCACAACAAGCAACCCCGGAUCGGCUCGCGCGCAUCACUUCUCGACUGCUCGGAGGGAACCAGAAGUUCUGCAGUCAUCGGGUACGUUUGGCGAAAAGGAAAAUUGUUCAAGAAACUUCUACUUUGUUCGUAAUGGGUUGAAAAGGAAUUCGCGGAUGCUGUUCAUAUCGUUGCUUGCACGUAAAAAAAAAAGUUGUUAUCAAAUGGUCGGGAGUGUGAUGGAAUGUAUAUUUGCGAGAGCAUUUUUUCUGUAUAAAUAUCAAACCGUGCAUUUGAAGUCAUUGAUUGCUGUUGAAAGCAUGAUUAACUUUAAGUUUUCAGGAUUUUUUCGUGUGCAUUUUGCGAUUGUAUUUACGUUCCUCUAAUUAGUAACUGAAUAUUUUGAAUCACUUCACAUUUAUUUCAAUGUUUUCUCUUUUUUUGUAUAUAUGUGUGUGUUUGUCAUUUAAUAUUUGAUCAUUUGAUAAAUGAGCGGUGUGGAAUAACUUUGGACAGGAUUAUGGGUAGAUUCAUUCUCUACCACAGUAUGAAUGCCAAAAUGUACCCUUGAUACAAGAAGAAAUCGACCCAGUGAAUGAGAAUGUCGAGCAACUUGACAAAAAAAAGAAGAGUAAAUUCAAAACACCAUAUUUUUUUUCAGUGUUGAUUUCAGUUCCUGUACCUUUCGUGAACAUUUUAUUUGGUGGUGUUCCGCGACAUUUUCUAAUGCAAAAUGGAUGCCUUGGCUCACUAAAGGUUGGUAAACACAAAUCACACACCAAAAUGAGAAUGCAUACAAGUACUUUUAAAAUAUAACGGUUACUUUUGAAUCACCUUGCUGUAGUGUACAAUCAAAUUCCAUUAACAAGCUCUGAUAUUCCUUUUUGUGAAAAAAAAUUAUAAUAAUAAUGACUGAUUUGUGAAUGCAGAUCUUGGUGGUUUGACACGACUCGGUGGACAUGUGGCUACUGGAGAAGCUACGUAGCAAAAUGGAGAGCAGUGGAACGCAAUCUCAGCCCCCACAGACCGCCGAGGCCAUUCCCGUGUCUGUAUACGCCAACGUGCUCACCCCUGAGAAAAUUCCAGAUUUUUUCAUCCCGCCCAAACUCAUCUGCUGCCCACCAGAGGAAUCAGCAACCCCCAAGCCUCGGCACCGCUCCGCCUUGCGACCGUCCACCUCCGAUCAUGUCAUCUGCGUGCAGAGCCCCAGAGCUCGCAGCAGCAGCAAAAACGCCUGCAGCCCUCGCCUCUUUUCCCGUUUCGGAGGGGACACGCGCAGUCUCCAAAAGUCGGCAAACCGUCACGUCAUCCAAAUAGAGAGUGCGGACGAGCCGGCCGCAGGGACUUUGGACGCCAACACCAACGCAGAUCCUCAGUCACAGACCGCCAUGUCACUGCCAUACGUCCCUAAGGCCCAGACCUCCUAUGGUUUUUCCACCUUGGUGGAAUCUCCUCAUACCCGGCGCAAGGAGAGCCUGUUCCACAGCGACCCCAGCAGCCCUCUCACCUCCCCGAUCUCCCAGAGGCGCUCCCAAGGGGGGACUCACCUAGCCCCGGCCAACACCAACCCCUACCGCUACUUCAGCGGCGGAGAGAGUGACACCUGCUCCUCGGCGAACUCGUCCCCUUUUAACUCUCCUCUGCUGUCCCGCUCGGCCUCCCUCCUGCGCUCCAUCACACAAGAGACGCAAGCCAAGGUAUCUCGUGCCAAACGCUCCCUGGCCCGCCACAGCUCUCUCUCAACGGAUGAUUGCAGCUCUGCCGACAACAGCCCCAACAUGCAGCGGCGGCGUAUGCGUUGCCCUACCUCUCCGGCACUGCGCAAAUGCAGGACUAGCAGCUCGAGGGCCUUGGCAUGUGACCCUUUGCAGCGUGAGCACACCAUUAACCUGCACAAGGGCGGGACACUCAGACUUAGUACGCACUACGACCCAGAGGCGGCACGGCUGAGGGUUCGCGUGCUAACGGCGGAGGCCAUUUAUGGCAAGCAGACAGAACUGAAGAGCAUCAACUGCUGUGUGGCACUCUACCUGAAACCCGGCAAGAAACAGAAACAGAGAAGCACCAUUAUAAAGAAUAGCAGGAAUCCCAUUUUUAACGAGGACUUUUUUUUUGACUCACUGCCGAAGGCGCAAGUCAAAAGUCUGGCCAUUAAGAUCAAAGUCAUGAACAAGGGAACCAGUUUGAAGAGAGACGUGCUUCUUGGAGAAAGGGAAGUGCUGCUGAGUGAACUGCUCACAGGCCUGUAGGGAAAUCCCUGUCAAGACUUUGGUGAGAAACAAGCAGCAUUUCAUCCUCAGAGCCCUUCCUUUACCGCCUUCAUUCCACUUCAGAGGGUGAAAGGAAUCCUAUCUAGCACACUAAAAGCCAAACCAAAAACCGGUUUAACUACAGUUUACAUAAAAAAAAAAAAAAGUGGAACCUUAUUUGUGUAUCUGAAGUGCACAGUGUAUCGCUGUUUUCAAUUAGUUGUAAUGGUCUAGUUUACAUGGGAUCGGUAUUCCUGCAAUGAUGCCAAAUGAUAUUGUAUCAAUUGUGCUUUGUCAAAUGAAUUAUUAUGCCCUCUUCCUUUUUGACAGACAUCGUAUUUGGUAAUGUGUUAGCUACUGAAUGUAACACCCCUCAGGCUGCUGUGACUUGUUGUCGAAAUAAUACGUUCAUCUAUGUUCCAAAGAACAAUGCUUUAUUUAUGUUUUCUGUCAGUUUUGAAUUGCAGCUUUGAUUAUUUGAUUAUUAUUAUAAGUGCUUUGUCGCGUAUUAGCCUAUUUCAUGUAUUUAAAAGGUUUUGCUCAUGUUUUUUUCCCCCCCAAACACACAAAUCUCCAGAAGUGAUCCUGCGGGUCGAGAGGAAGCUGGAAGACAUUUGAGCGGCUUAAUCUCGCUUAUGGGCACAACAUUUUGUCUCUGUGAAUUCCAACUCCUUGCUUAAUGUAACAGAGACUGUUACACCUGCACUGCAAGAAGGAGAGAUACCGACGCCCGUUCCUACCGACUGCUGUCAGGCUGCUGAAUAAAAAAAUAAAAUAAUAAUAAUUAAAUGAUGUGAAAAACAAUUGUAAAUAACACUGCGAUUUAUCAAUUUUGUAUUUAUAUUGCACUUAAUUGAACGGUGUUUGUUUUUUUCUUUUUUCUUCUUUCUACCCACAUUCUUGCUGCUGUAGGCUGUAAAUUUCCCCAGUGUGGGACAAAUAAAGGAUAUCUUAUCUUAA